GUAGGCUGUCUGUCAAACCUGCCACCGAACGCAAAGAAGAUCUGUAACUCAUACGAGGAGCGGAGGAAGCAGGCGACGGCCAUCGUUCUGCUGGGAGUGAUCGGAGCGGAGUUCGGUGCAGAGAUAGAACCUCCUAAACUACCGUCCCAUACCAGCACCAGCACUCAGAUUCGGCCUGACCCUGACGGACACCCUGGCCUGACCACUGGAGGAUCCAACUACUCACUCUCUCGACACACCUGUAAAGCCCUGACGUUCCUCCUGCUCCAGCCUCCCAGCCCCAAGCUGCCGGCUCACAGCACCAUCCGGCGCACAGCCAUCGAUCUGAUCGGCCGGGGCUUCACCGUGUGGGAGCCGUACAUGGACGUGUCUGCGGUCCUCAUGGGUCUGCUGGAGCUCUGCGCCGACGCUGAGAAGCAGCUGUCCAACAUCUCAAUGGGUCUUCCUCUGAGCCCCGGAGCGGAUUCGGCCCGAUCGGCCCGGCAUGCCCUGUCCCUGAUCGCCACGGCCAGACCGCCCGCCUUCAUCACCACCAUCGCUCGAGAGGUUCACAGGCACACAGCGAUGCAGUCCCAGGGCUCUCAGUCUCAGCAGAACGUUCACACCACGACUCUCGCUCGCGCCAAAACCGAAAUCCUGCGUGUCAUCGAGAUUCUCAUCGAGAAAAUGCCGUCGGAUGUAGUGGAUCUGCUGGUGGAGGUGAUGGACAUCAUCAUGUACUGCAUUGAAGGAUCUCUGGUGAAGAAGAAGGGCCUGUCCGAGUGUUUCCCAGCCAUCUGCAGGUUUUAUAUGGUGGCGUACUGUGACCGCAGCUAUCGCAUCGCCGUCGGCGCUCGUCAGGGUUCAGUGGCUCUUUAUGACGUUCGCACCGGGAAGUGUCAGCAUAUUCAUGGACAUAAAGGACCCAUAACAGCGGUGUCCUUCGCACCGGACGGACGUUAUCUGGCCACCUACUCCAACGCCGACAGCCACAUCUCCUUCUGGCAGAUGAACCAGUCUCUGUUGGGCAGCAUCGGGGUCCUGAACUCGGCUCCUCAGCUGCGCUGCAUCAAGACCUAUCAGGUUCCUCCGGUCCAGCCGGCGUCGCCCGGAUCCCAGAACGCCCUCAAACUGGCCCGGCUCAUCUGGACCUCCAACCGCAACGUCAUCCUCAUGGCCCACGACGGCAAGGAGCACCGCUUCAUGGUGUGAGGGGCGACCUUUGACCUCCCCGGCUGAGCCGUCAACUAGUUUACACUCUUCCUUUCAUUCCUCUCUUUAUUUAAAGCGUUUCUUCUUUUUUUGACUAUUUAUGAAGAUGAUCUUUGUGCUUGAAGGUCAAGCGAGGUUUUAUUUUUUGUUCGAUUUGCACAAAUUCUCUCCGGUUGUAUCGCCCCGGCUGCGUCAAGGCCCCGCCCCCUCUGUAAAGGCCUGGUGCGCGCUGAACGGCUGGAGUCAUAUCGUGGUUACGGUGUAUCAUAGGAGUUGUUUUCAGGAACGGUGUUUCUUUGCGCUCGUGCUGUAGUCGUGAACUCUUCGGGUUUGCUGUCGUCCGUGUUUUUCGUGAGUCGUCGGUUCGUGUGAGGUCACUGGCACUGAAAUCCACGUCGUGUUCGCUUUUCUGCUCUAAUCCUGUAAAACACGUUUGAAUCUGCAUCCGAAACGUCGCCGGAGCCGUCCAGCUUCGAGAAAUCACUCUCCCUGCUCACGUUUUUCAUCCCGAAAUCAACGGCAGAAAACAAGUUUAAUAUUUGCGUGAAAGCUAUUUCAGCAUUAUCACGUUUUUUGUGUUGUGCAGUUUUUCACGUGAGAAUUAAAUCUAUAUUUAAUCUACAGCAUUCAGCAUUCACAGCAAAUAGAACUAUAGAACUAUAACUAUAAACAUUUUCAUUUUUUUCUUACGAGAUAAUGAUCACAAUACAAAAGCAUAAUGAUUAACUUAAUUUGAAUAGAAAAUAAUUCUAUCGUUAUGUUUUAAAUCAAAAAACUUUAUGCAAAUUAUGAUUUGACUAUAUUUGCUUAAUAUAUAUAUAUAUUUUAUAUAUAUAUAUAUAUAUAUAUAUAUAUAUAUAUAUAUAUAUAUAUAUAUAUAUAUAUAUAUAU